AUGCUCGCCGCAGCCGCCGCCAGUGCGUCCGCCGUCUGUGCCGCCGCCGUCCCCUCUAUCAGCGGUCCGAGUGGGCUCGGCCCGGCGCCCGCGUCGUUUGAUCUCGUCAGUCGAGUCUACGUUCCGUACGGCCUGAGCGCCACCGACCUGGCGUUCGGGAUGGGCGCUGCGGAGCAGAUCAUUUACGACGCGACGGAGCGGUACGCGUAUGCGGUAUCCGAGCAAGGCGUGCUCAAUGUCGUCGACUACGCCGACGCCGCGGCGCCGGUGGUCGUCACCUCUCUUGCCGUGGACCUGCGCGGCGCGGUGGCGACGGACGUGGAGAUAUGCCCCGAGCGCGGGCUGCUCCUCGUGUCCGUCUCGGGCGAGGUGCUCAACAUCAGGACGGCGCGGGUCGGCCGCCGCACCGACGCCGGCCGCGUCCUCGCCUUUGAGAGCGUACGCCGCUCGGCGCCGCGCACGCCAAAGCCGCUGUGGCAGGUGCAGGUGGGCGCGUUGCCAGACAUGAUCUCGCCGAACCGCGACUGCUCGCUCCUCGCGGUUGCAAACGAGGGCGAGGGCGUGUACGGCGGCGUCCAUAGCUCCACCGGGACAGGCGGCGUCGCGACGGGCGCCGGCCUCGCGGCGGCCUCGUCGACCCCGACGGCUCCGUCUCUCUGA